GUGACCUUGUAAGCGUGCAAUACAUCAUGUAAGGUAGACGGGUUUUGUUACAAGUGAUGUGUGUGUUUAAGCGGUGAUGCUGCGUGUGUGGUGGGAGGGGGUGGAAGCAGAGAAGGCGGAUGCAGAUACAGUAAGACUCGAUCACUCUCUGUCACACACACGGACACACACAUACAGACACACACAUUGACUGGCUCCGAGAGCACAUCAGACGUUCUGUCACGGUUCUAUUCUGGUAUUUUGGAAUUGUUCCGAUGAUCGCUGCCGUGCUCGCAGACGCCGCCCCUCCGAGCGGCGGCGCGCCUGACCUGUCAAUCACGUCACGCCGGGUUUGGUACAUGUGAGCGAGGGAGUGCAUGGCGCGCCGGUAAGGGCGGAUCUGCACACGGGGAGAAACGACGGUAGAUGUGUUAACGAGGAUGGAAGGUCGCCAGUUAUCGCGUCAUUUGGCUCACACUGAAUAGCGCAGCAGAGAUGAUGUGCGAAGUGAUGCCGACCAUCAACGAGGGGGACUCGGCCGGUCCCCCGAGAGGACCCGGCAGCGUGCCGAAUGGUUCCGAGCAGGAGGCCAACUUCGAGCAGCUGAUGGUCAACAUGUUGGACGAGAGAGACAAGCUACUAGAGUCCCUCAGGGAGACCCAGGAGACCCUCAUCCAGUCGCAGACCAAACUGCAGGCGGCGCUGCACGAGAGGGACGUGCUGCAGCGUCAGAUCAACGCAGCCUUGCCUCAGGAGUUUGCCACACUUACCAAGGAGCUGAACAUUUGUCGAGAGCAGCUGCUGGAGAAAGAAGAGGAAAUAUCGGAGCUGAAAGCCGAAAGGAACAACACCAGGCUGCUUCUGGAGCACCUUGAGUGUUUGGUGUCUCGCCACGAGCGUAGUCUCAGGAUGACGGUUGUGAAGAGGCAGCCCCCCCCACCAUCUGGAGUCUCCAGUGAGGUCGAGGUCCUCAAAGCCCUCAAGUCGUUGUUUGAGCAUCACAAAGCUCUGGAUGAAAAGGUGCGUGAGAGGCUUCGCGUGGCUCUGGAGCGGGUGUCCACCCUGGAGGGACAGCUGUCAGCUACCACACAAGAGUUGAGCAUGGUGAGACAAAGGAAGGAUGGUGACUCGUUGGAAGGGACAGAUGGAUCCAAACCUCCAUGGAAGAGACUCCCCAACGGCUCCAUAGAUGUUCACGAAGAUGGCAACCGGGUAUCUGAGCUUCAGGAGCUCCUGGACAGAACCAGUAAGGAACUGGCACAGACCCGCGAGCACUCCUCCUCCCUUAACGGUCGCGUGGCCGAGCUGGAGGCCGAGCUGGCGAGCGCGCGGCGGGAGCUGAGUCGCAGUGAGGAGCUGUCCAUCAAACAGCAGAGGGAACAGAGAGAGAGAGAAGACAUGGAGGAAAGAAUAACAACGUUGGAAAAACGUUACCUUGCCGCCCAGCGAGAAACCACACACAUCCACGAUCUCAAUGACAAGCUGGAGAACGAGCUGGCCACCAAGGACUCCCUGCACAGACAGAGUGAAGAGAAAGUGCGCCAGCUGCAGGAGAUGCUGGAAAUGGCUGAGCAGAGGUUGGCUCAAACUAUGAGGAAGGCUGAGACGUUGCCAGAGGUGGAGGCUGAGCUGGCACAGCGAGUAGCAGCACUGUCCAAGGCUGAGGAGCGUCAUGGCAACGUGGAAGAGCGGCUCAGACAGCUGGAAUCACAACUGGAGGAGAAGAACCAAGAACUAGGAAGGGCUCGUCAACGGGAGAAGAUGAAUGAAGAACACAACAAACGUUUAUCCGACACUGUUGACCGUCUUCUCACCGAGUCCAACGAACGACUGCAGCUCCAUUUGAAAGAACGCAUGGCUGCACUGGAGGACAAGAACUCUCUUAUUCAAGAUCUCGAGAAUUGUCAGAAACAAUUGGAGGAAUUCCAUCACACACGGGAACGUCUGAUUGGCGAGAUUGAGAAACUGAGAAACGAGAUUGACCAUUUGAAACGUCGCAGUGGGGCAUUCGGAGACGGAAGUUCAAGUCACCCUCGGUCUCAUUUGGGCAGUGCAAGCGACCUUCGCUUCUCUGUGGUGGAAGGCCAAGAUGGCCACUACAGCACGACUGUGAUCAGGCGGGCCCAAAAGGGAAGACUCUCGGCGCUACGAGAUGACCCAAACAAGGUUUGUGGCAUGUUCGAACAGGAUUACCCUUCGCUGCGAGGGAGCGUCAGCCACCUCCUCGGCAGCGACAUGGAGGCCGAGUCCGACCUGGACGACGACGUGAGCUCGGCCAUGCUCUCCCCAAGCGGUCAAUCGGACGCUCAGACCCUCGCUCUGAUGCUGCAGGAGCAGCUUGACGCCAUCAACGAAGAGAUAAGGAUGAUCCAAGUGGAGAGAGAGUCGACUGACCUGCGCUCGGACGAGAUCGAGUCCCGCAUGAACAGCGGCAGCAUGGACGGCCUCAACGUGACGCUUCGGCCACGGGCGUUGCCCACGUCGGCCACGGCCCAGUCCUUGGCGUCGUCUUCCUCGCCGCCGACUAGCGGCCACUCAACGCCUAAACAUCACGCACGCAACACCAGUCACCAUCUAGGCAUCAUGACUCUGCCAAGCGACUUGAGGAAACACCGGAGAAAAGUUGCAUCUCCGGUGGAGGUGGACAAGGCGACAAUCAAGUGUGAAACCUCGCCUCCUUCCUCGCCGCGCAGUUUACGUCUAGAAACCAAUUUCGCCCAAUUCACCGGCAGUCUGGAAGAUGGACGAGGAAAGCAGAAGAAAGGUAUAAAGUCAUCGAUUGGCCGAUUGUUUGGGAAGAAGGAGAAGGGGGGUCGAAUGGAGCAGACCAGGGAUUUUGCCAGGGAUGGACAACCUCUACCAGCGUUAACAGACUUUGACAUGGCUGUUGGAGACACUAUGACGCUGGGAAAACUGGGUACCCAAGCGGAACGGGAUCGCAGGAUGAAGAAAAAACAUGAGCUCCUGGAAGACGCCAGGAAAAGAGGUCUACCGUUUGCGCAGUGGGACGGCCCGACGGUUGUUUCCUGGCUAGAGUUGUGGGUGGGCAUGCCAGCUUGGUAUGUGGCAGCAUGUCGCGCUAACGUGAAGAGUGGAGCCAUCAUGUCCGCCCUGUCAGACACAGAGAUCCAGAGGGAGAUCGGCAUCAGCAACCCGCUGCAUCGACUCAAACUGCGCUUGGCCAUCCAGGAGAUGGUCUCCCUAACUAGCCCUUCUGCACCUCUCACCUCCAGAACGUCCUCCGGAAAUGUGUGGGUGACUCAUGAAGAGAUGGAGAACCUGGCUUCAUCCACCAAAGCGACGCUGGCAUAUGGAGACAUGAAUCACGAGUGGAUCGGGAACGAGUGGUUGCCAAGCCUUGGCUUGCCUCAGUAUCGCUCCUAUUUCAUGGAAUGUCUGGUGGACGCUCGCAUGCUGGACCACCUGACCAAAAAAGACCUGAGGAGUCAUCUCAAGAUGGUGGACAGCUUCCACAGGGCGAGUCUGCAGUAUGGGAUCAUGUGCUUGAAGAGACUCAAUUAUGACAGGAAAGAAUUGGAGCGCCGGAGAGAGGACAGCCAACAUGAAAUGAAAGAUGUGUUGGUGUGGACCAACGAGCAAGUGAUCCAUUGGGUCCAGUCCAUCGGUUUGAGGGAGUACUGCGGCAACCUGUUGGAGAGCGGCGUUCACGGAGCGCUCGUCUCUCUGGACGAGACCUUCGACUACAGCAGCCUGGCCCUCAUCCUCCAAAUUCCCAUGCAGAACACACAGGCACGGCAGGUUCUGGACAGGGAGUUCAACAACCUGCUAGCCUUGGGGACUGACCGACGACUCGAGGAGAGCGGAGACGACAAGUCGUUUCGCCGCUCUCCAUCGUGGCGGAAGAGGUUUCGGGCCCGAGAGGGAGGGGCGGGGCUGGGGAUGAUGGCGGGCUCCAUGGAAACGCUGCCCGCUGGCUUCCGCAUGCCCUCCAUGUCCAUGCCGCCCUCAAUGAACCUCAUGCCCAAAAAGCAGCUCCAGCCUGAAGUGCAUUGUCAUUACCUGUACGGACACAUGCUUGCGGCCUUUUGAGAGUCAAAUGCCAAAUUUGAAGAGAGUGCUACCUGGGGUGCCAGUGAGGUACGGGGCUUCCGGCCCCAGCUCGCACCUUUCCUUCGGACACGUGCAAUACCGAGGCCAGGUCUGACCCUUGAACUCUUAAGAGCGGCCGUUGGCGUCGCUCUCGCUGCUGUUAAGGAGACUCGCCUCUGGACUUUCCCGGUUGAACCCAGUGCUCCCAGUAGCCUUGUCAUUGUGGAUGUUGUGCCCCCCCCAAAUCUCAGCUGUGAGCCGUCGUCCUCCCGUUCCCGAAGUCUCAACAUGGCCGACUCACCGCUACACGUUACCCUUCUAUCGGUUAUGCAAGGUAUUACUCAAUGAUCGUAUCUGGACUGUAUAUAAAAUGGAUGACUACAUUUUCUAUAAAGUAUAUAAAUAUAUAUAUUGGAAAUAUAUAUGGAAAAGCGAUAUAAUGGCUGUAUGAAACCUAUCGCCCUGUAUUCAAUAGUGACUGUUCUCUCACUUUUUCUUUGUCUUAGUGUCGGACCUUGUGUGUCUUUUGCUGGUUGAUGUAAGUGUGUGAAUUAUCAGUGGGCGGAGCUUACAAGGCCUCACAGGUUCAUGGGUCCAAUUUCAGAAUUUCCCUUGCUUCCCUCCUCUUUUGACAACAUGCCUCCUUUCCUGUAUGACACUGUGUCGCCUAGAGUAGAGAGUAUGAUGUUAUAUGAAGAGCGUCCGCGUGUGUGUGUGUGUGUUUGAAUGAUACGAUCAUCUGAUCCGUGCUAUGUGGCUGUUGGGUGUAAACACUGUAGCUCCUCUCUGCUGCUGCUCUGCAUCAUUUCAGUGAUAUCACGCGAUGAUGUGAAAUUGCGCCGACCGAUUGGCAAUUCAUGUCCAAUCGCUUCCUGUUUAGUUGCCAUAGAGACGUGCCAGUCAGUACUUUCGGCUGCCCUCAUUCAGUAAGAACACAACGUAUGAACCAAGUGAAGUGCAGAAUGGGUGUAAGAUUUUUUCUUUAUUUAUUUUUUUUAUUUCUAUUUUUUUCCGAGGUGUCUAAAAGGUGUAAUGUGCUAUGUGGCAGCUAUGAGUACUGUGUCUUUAUUCCAGGAGUGAAAUAUUGCUGACAUAUCAAGAUUUUAUUAUUUGGCUAUUCAAAAAAAAAGUACUGUAUCGAUGACAAUAUAUAGACAUGAGUAAAGCUGUUUUUUAAAAGAGUA